AUGGUUCGCCAGCAGUCAUCCGCAGUCGCGAUCUCGCUUGACAAACUAAAUGAACAAAUCAUCGAAGCAACCAUCGAGAAAUGCGCCAGCUUCACCAAUAACCGCAUACUCGGCGCUAUCAAACAGAAAUGGACGGAAGUCUUACGACAGCGCCUCGACGCGGUGAACCGAGGCGAACACGUUACACACAUUGACACGUAUAGCACAGCGCAGCAGCAGCCGGCGCCGGAGGAUUCCGAUAACGACUUCGAUGAUGCGGAAGUAGAAAGCGCGCAGGGAGCAGAGAUUCUGGAAAAGGCCGCCGCCGCCAAAGCGGACCUGGUCGAACCGCAGCGCGCCGAACCCGCGCAGGCUGAGCAGCCGGCUGCGGACAACGCAGACGACGAUCUCAGCAUCUCAGACGUGAGCGAACUGGAUGACCAGGAGCCGGAGACGAAGGACCUGGUCAUAGGGGUUUUAGACAAGCUAACGCGGCCCAGCCGCAAGAAAAGCGGGGCGCACGUUUGGAAGGUGAAGCUGAAGUAUGGCGUAUUGCAGGUCAACGGCCUCGAGGUGCCUUUCGAAAAACUGGAAGGCGAGUUCGAGUUCUGA